UCAGUCUCACUUCUGUACUUGUGCUUCCUUAUCAUAUUUAACUUUUCCAUGGCUCAAUAUAUUGUGUUCGUUUUUAUAUCAUUUUUGUUUUACAAAGUUCCAGGAAUACCGCUCCAGAUAUCUGUCAAUAAACCAAACAGUGAAGACCCAUUAGCAGUAUUACAGAGACAGUCAGCUAAAGGUUUACCCAAACCAGAUGAAGAAUUCAACGACCGAAAUGACACUCAAGAAUUUGAUAUGCGCCUUACACCAAAUCAGAAGCGAUACAUUGAAUUUGAAACUCUAACACAUGGCGCUCCACGACAUUUAUGGAAGAGGAAAGCCAUAGCAGAUUACCGACGAUACUGGCCGUAUGGGAUCGUCCCUUAUACACUAGACCCAACUCUAUCAUCAUAUCACAGACAAUGGGUAACUGAUGCCAUGUAUGUUUGGGAACGGGAUACAUGUGUAGAAUUUCGGUACUCAACACCACCGUUAUCUGCUCAACUUGGUCAUACUGAUUCAGUAUUCAUUUCGCAUGGUGAAGAUUGUAUAACUAGCGUGGGCAAGGUACCUGGUGGUCAAAAUAUAACAAUAGGUAGAUGCAGGAAAGGAUCAAUCAUACACGAACUAGGACACACUCUUGGAUUUGUUCAUGAACAAUCUAGACCUGACCGUGAUGGUAAUGUAGAGAUUGUAUUUAAUAAUAUAAUACCAUCGAGGACACAUGAUUUUGAUAAAUAUCCCGAUGGUACAAUUACGACAUACGGCGAACCUUACGACUUUGGCUCUAUCAUGCAUUAUAGUUCCACGGCUUACACCAAGAAUGGACACAUAACCGUGAAGACACACGAUCCUCAUAUCCAGAUGACAAUCGGCCAACGAGAUGCUCCAAGUUUCCUUGAUUUACGCCUAAUCAAUGACAUAUAUGAUUGUAAUGCUCACUGUGAACCUAGACAAUGUAACAACGAAGGCUACCAGGGUCCCAGCUGUGAAUGUAUUUGUCCGGAAGGAUUUAUUGGGGAAGCUUGUAAUGAACUUGAAACUUCGCAUACAGGAUGUGGAGGAACUAUUUUAUCAGAUAGUCGUGGAACUAUAACAUCUAGUUGGUAUCCAGGAGAAUAUCCUAUUACCGAAAACUGUUAUUGGUUAAUCAAGGGUCCCAUUGGUUCGACUAUAUCUAUAAAUGUGGAAGCGUUUGAUACAGACAAUGCUGGUGAUUGUCAGUGGUGUAAUUGUGAUUAUUUAGAACUUAAAGUUUAUGGUUUUGAAAAGGUUGGGCAAAGAUACUGUGGUAAACAUGUUGACAGCCCGUACCGUUAUAACUGGCAUCAACUUCUCGUUCAUUUUAGAACUGAUGAAUUAUGGACUGGCAACUCGGGUUUUAAACUGCACUACAUUAUUAAUCAAUAACUUCCAUUUCAUUUUGUUAUUUUUAUCUUUAUCACACAUUACAAUCGAUAUGCACAUGUAUACAGUAUCAUUUCUGUAAGUAUUUAAAGCAGGGCAUACCUAACCCCCACAUUUCAUAAUUUACAGCAGGCCACGGUCACAGUGGGCAUAUGAUUCGAUCCGGUAGAUUUUUAAGGCUGUAUAACCCGUGCUUAAUUUCUGCACAGAUAACCCCGGUUCAGUUCAGGACAGUUCGGUCCACUCAAUUUUAGGCCGAUCGACCACAAUUCUCCCUAUCCCCCUCGACCGCAGAGUCGAUUUUUGAAGGGCCGUUAUUUUCCGCCUGUCUAUGUUUUUGUUUACGUGAUAUUGUAUAUUAUAAUAUUAUGUUUUGUUUACAUGAUGUUGUAUAUUAUAAUAUUAUGUUUUGUUUACAUGAUAUUGUAUAUUAUAAUAUUACGUUUUUGUUUACAUGAUAUUGUAUAUUAUAAUAUUACGUUUUUGUUUACAUGAUAUUGUAUAUUAUAAUAUUACGUUUUUGUUUACAUGAUAUUGUAUAUUAUAAUAUUACGUUUUUGUUUACAUAAUAUUGUAUAUUAUAAUAUUACGUUUUUGUUUACAUAAUAUUGUAUAUUAUAAUAUUAUGUUUUGUCUACAUAAUAUUGUAUAUUGUAUUUUGUGCCUUGUAGAAUGUAUGAGAGUGUGUAUGUUGAUAUAAAAGUAAUCCAAUCGUCAA